UACAAUUGUCCCUACUCUGCCUUCCAGCAAGAUCCCUUUUCAAGUUGAAAUCCCAACCUUCUUGGACACAGUAUCGACACAUAUCGGCGAUAUUGUAUUAGAUCCACCAACCCACCAUCUUACCACUACUUACUCUCUCUCUUCUUCCCCACCACUACUUACAGUCCUCAUCAGCUCACCGCAACCCUCACACUACCUCACCACUUCAAACCUAAAAGCCAACGACCAAGCCACCACUCAGGCACAAAACCUCAAAAUGCACUACCUACAAUCCGUCGUAUCCGUUCUUUCCAUUCUGGCCUUUAUCGCCACCCCUACCGCCGCCAUUCCCGAAGGUCUGGAGAUCGAGUACCUCACCCCCGAAGUAACAUGCACACGCAAGACAGUCAAGGGCGAUAAGAUCGACGUGCACUAUGCGGGUACCUUGCAAGAUGGAGGUAAAGAGUUUGACUCGAGCUACUCGCGAGGAACACCGUUGAGUUUCCAAGUUGGUAGUGGAAGGGUUAUUAAAGGAUGGGAUGAGGGUCUUUUGGACAUGUGCAUCGGUGAGAAGAGACGAUUGACUAUUCCCCCCUCUCUGGGCUACGGUGCUCAGUCGGUUGGUCCGAUUCCUGCAAACAGCGUUCUGGUCUUUGAGACGGAACUGGUCGGCAUCAAGGGCGUCAAAAAGGAUGAAUUGUAAAACUUUCAUUCGACUUAUGGUGAUUUACAGCAUGCUAUGCCAUGCCAUGCCAUGGAACGACACGGUCUGUUCUCGCCAGCUAGAAUCGCCGUGGUAUAGCCGCAGGAAUCCAUUCCCAGCUGGGUUGAUAACACCCACACCCAAAUAGACAUGACAUAAAAUGGGACAAAAUAAAGAUACUUGACACACCGACUGCUAAUGAUAGUAUCCGUCUGCUUUCGGGUACUCGAAGCCAAUAAAGGCCGAGUCUAUCGCUUGGUGAUGGCCACCAAACGUCUGCCUCUU